AUGUGUCGAAUUCUUAAGAAGCUCAGACACUUUAACAUCUCAGUUGUCAUUUGUGUACAGACAGCAAAGAGUUUAAGUAAGGAUGUAAAGAGAAUACUUACUGACAUUGUACUUUUCCCCGGAUUGUCCGAAGACGAUUUCAUGGAACUUAUGAAAGAGUCCAUGGCAGGUAAGUUUGACAGACAUGAACUAUGGGAGAAGUACAAAGUCAUACAAGACCCUCAUACUUCUUUCAGAAUUCACAUCUACGCGAACAAAGUUCAAAUUGUAAAAAGUCAAGCUUGA